AUGGAUGUGAAACUCCUCUCUAAAUUGUUGGCCUCCCGUUUACAACAAUUCAUACCACGGCUAGUCCACCUGGAUCAAACUGGUUUCAUACCGGGCCAGGAAGCUAGGUACUGUACCCUGCGGGCGUUCGCUAUACAGGGCCUGGCAAUUAAAGGGAACUCCGAUCUACUUAUGCUUUCCACAGACGCUGAGAAAGCGUUCGACCGAGUGACGUGGAGCUUCAUGUUGGCAACGCUGGGGAAUGGCAUGCUCGCCUGGAUUACAGCACUCUACACCGACCCAUCUGUCAGAGUCCAAAUAAACGCUCACCGAUAG